CUCAGUGCUGCAGCAAGAGCCACACGCCUGUCCAUCCAGCGAUCACCAUGACCGACGCAGCCAUCUCCUUCGCCAAGGACUUCUUGGCCGGCGGUGUGGCCGCUGCCAUCUCUAAGACCGCUGUAGCACCCAUUGAAAGAGUCAAGCUGCUGCUGCAAGUCCAACAUGCAAGCAAACAGAUCACAGUUGACAUGCAAUACAAAGGAAUCAUGGACUGUGUUGUCCGUAUCCCCAAAGAACAAGGCUUCUUAUCCUUCUGGCGUGGUAACCUUGCCAAUGUGAUCAGAUACUUCCCAACCCAGGCCCUGAACUUCGCUUUCAAAGACAAGUACAAGAAGAUCUUCCUUGAUAAUGUUGACAAGAGGACCCAGUUCUGGCGUUACUUUGCUGGAAACCUGGCCUCCGGUGGUGCAGCUGGUGCGACCUCUCUGUGCUUUGUCUACCCACUUGACUUUGCCAGAACCCGUCUUGCUGCUGAUGUGGGCAAAGCUGGUGCUGAUAGAGAAUUCAAGGGUCUUGGCGACUGCUUGGCUAAGAUCUUCAGAUCCGAUGGGCUUAAAGGCCUGUACCAGGGCUUCAAUGUGUCUGUCCAGGGCAUCAUCAUUUACAGAGCCGCCUACUUUGGCAUCUAUGACACAGCUAAAGGUAUGCUUCCAGAUCCUAAGAACACACACAUCUUUAUCAGCUGGAUGAUUGCUCAGUCAGUGACAGCAGUGGCCGGUUUUGCCUCCUACCCAUUCGACACAGUCCGUCGUCGUAUGAUGAUGCAGUCUGGAAGGAAAGGAGCUGAUAUCAUGUACUCUGGCACAAUUGACUGCUGGAAGAAGAUUGCACGUGAUGAAGGCUCAAAGGCUUUCUUCAAGGGCGCUUGGUCCAAUGUUCUGAGAGGAAUGGGUGGUGCUUUCGUGCUAGUCUUGUAUGAUGAGCUGAAGAAAGUAAUCUAAACAUGUCCCCAUGUCUGUGACCUGGCAUGCUGUAAAAUGUAACAUACCAAGAGCGUUCAUGGACUUUCUAUUUUUUUGUCAAACACACCUUUUAUUUAUAAGUUGUAACUGGUUAUCUUACUGGUUAAUGUUGGGAACCAAUUUGAUUACAUCUCACCAGCUUUCCAUGUUAACAUAAAUCAUUCCCUUAUACCCAAGUACUUCCUUCGGCGCCUGCAGUGAACCAUCUGUAGUGCGCCUGUGGUAGUAUGGGCUGACUCGUUGGGACUCAAUGCUCCUUUAUUUUUUAUUUCAGUCAUUCAUGUUUUUAAGUAACUUAGGUUGGAGGAAAUAAAAAAUAUGGA